AUGGCGCCCACCCGCGCCCUGAGGAAAGCCGAGGCCGCCCCGGCCAGCCAGAGCGGCUGCCCGGCUCCCGCCGACGCGGCCCCUUCGCCGCCGGCCCCUGACAGGCUACCAUUUGCCGAGAAGGACUUUGUUGCCGUGUGUUGUGCUUUACGGGUAACGGACAGCGAAGGUCUUAAAAAAGACUUGUGGGGGAUCUGUAUCUUCACUGCAGCAGCUGACUUGGAUGAGAUCACAUUCACUUUUACAGAACUUCUGAAAUGUCUGAGCAUUAGCAUGUGUAAAUUUGUUCUUCUGUUCGAAGGAAUGGAGGACAGCACAGACACAGUUAGUACUAAAGUGCGUAGUAUUGUAUUACGCCAGAAGAAGAAAUAUGAUGUAUUGUUUGCACUAUACCAGAAAUUUGAAAGGACUUGGAGACAGAUCUAUGUUGACCAGCCUAGUGAUCAAAAUUGCUCCGAACUAAGUUCUUCAUUAGUUCUGAAAUUAUGCUGGAUCCUGUUUCUUUUGGCAAAAGGGAAAGUGUUACAGAUGGAAGACGAUCUGGUUAUCUCCUUCCAGCUAUUGCUUUGUGUUCUCGAUUAUGUUAUCAAGCUGUUGCCUCCUGCAGUACUCAAGGAACCAUACAAAUCUACUGUGAGUGCCUUGUCUGCUAACGGCUCCACGCGAACUCCUCGACGCCAGAACAGAAGUAUACGUGCAAAACAAACUGAUACAGAUAUAAAGGUUAUUGAGGAACUUUGCAAAGAACAUGAUUGUAAUUUGGAUGAGGUGAAAAAUGUUUACUUCACUAGUUUUAUUCCAUUCCUAAAUUCUGUGGGUAUCACAGCUUCCAGUGGACUUCCAGAGGUUGAGAGUAUAUCAAGCAAAUAUGAAGAAAUGUAUCUGAGAAACAAGGAUAUCGACGCCAGAUUGUUUCUGGAGAAUGAUGAAACUUUACAGAAUCACACGGAAUGUUUGCAGUUGGAGAGAACACCAACAAAAAAUAACCUAGAUGAAGAUCCUCCAGGUGUACUUCCACAGACCCCUGUCCGGGCUGCCAUGAAUACCAUCCAGCAGUUAAUGAUGAUUUUAAACUCUGCAAGUGACGAACCGUCAGACAACCUUGUCUCCUAUUUUAAUAACUGCACCACAAAUCCUAUGCAAGACAUAUUGGGAAGAGUGGAAAAUCUUGGUUGUGUCUUCAGGCAGAAAUUUGCUGAAGCAGUUGGCCAAGGAUGUAUUGAAAUUGGAUCACAGAGGUACAGACUUGGAGUACGGUUAUACUACAGAGUGAUGGAAUCUAUCUUAAAAUCGGAAGAAAAACGACUGUCAAUUCACAAUUUCAGCAAACUUUUGAACAACAACAUCUUCCACCUCUCUUUGCUGGCCUGUGCUCUUGAGGUUGUCAUGGCUACAUAUGGCACCCCAAGGAAUGCUUCCCAAAAUGACCACACGAUUAUGGAAACGGACCUGUCUUUCCCGUGGAUUAUCAACAUACUCGACUUAAAAGCCUUCGACUUGUACAAGGUUAUCGAAAGCUUCAUUAAAGCAGAGCCCAGCCUCACAAGAGAAAUGAUAAAACACCUAGAAUGCUGUGAGCACCGUAUUAUGGAGUCCCUUGCUUGGCAGUCAGAUUCACCGCUGUUUGAACUUAUACAACAGUCAAGGGAGCGAGACGGACAGGCUGAUCAACUUGAACCUGCCGGCUGCCUUGCCCCGCCUCCACAGCAUAACCACACUUCCGCAGACUUAUAUCUCUCCCCAGGUUCAGCAUACUCCGCCGUAAUUCCGGAUAUUCAGCCAGCAUUGGUAAAUCAGCCCCAGAGACCACAGAAGUCUACUUUCCUCUCGCUUUUUUACAAAAAAGUGUACUGCCUGGCCUAUAUACGAUUGAAUAACUUAGCUUCACGUCUUCUCCCUGACCACCCGGACCUAAUACAGUUGAUCUGGACGCUUUUUCAUCAUACACUGCAAAAUGAAUAUGAACUUAUGAAAGACAGGCACUUAGACCAGAUUAUGAUGUGUUCAAUGUAUGGCAUAUGUAAGGUGAAGAACAUCGACCUCACAUUUAAAACCAUUGUGACGGCAUACAAGGAACUCCCCAAUACAAACCAAGAGACUUUCAAGUGUGUUUUGAUCAGGGAAGGACAAUACGACUCCAUCAUAGUCUUCUACAACUUGGUGUUCAUGCAAAGACUGAAAACUAACAUUUUGCAGUAUGCUUCCAACAGACCUCCAACAUUAUCACCGAUACCACACAUUCCUCAGAGCCCUUACAAGUCUAAUUCUCCUUUACGCGUCCCUGCGGGGAACAACAUCUACAUCUCGCCUUUGAAAAGUCCCUCCAAAUUCUCCGAAAGGCUGUUGUCUCCCAACAAAAUGACACCGGGAUCAAGGAUCUUGGUGUCAAUAGGUGAAUCCUUUGGGACUGCCGAAAAGUUUCAGAAGAUAAACCAGAUGAUGUGCAACAGCGAUCGCCACCUGAAACGCGGGGCGGAAACAAGCACCAUGCCCAAGCCUCUGAAGAGGCUGCGCUUUGACAUGGAAGGGCAGGAUGAAGCGGACGGCAGGGAACACCUCUCGGGAGAGUCCAUGUUCCAGCAGAAGCUUGCAGAAAUGACAUCCACUCGAACCAGGAUACAAAAUCAGAAGCUGAAUGAUGGAGCUGACAUUUCCAGCCCUGAUCAAAAGUGAAAUUCC